UAUUGAAUUGAAGUAAAGCACAAACCACAAAGGUUAAAUUAAAUUUUGUAAAACAAUUUUAAUUUUAAUUGUUCAGUUUCAAUUUAUCCGGUACUGUUUAGUUUAGUGUAUGCACAUUGUACAACUCAACGUGUUCAUUUGGCUGUGAUAAAUUCAUUUGCUGUGAUAUAGCCCUCAUCACAAUGUCUAACACAUACACGUGUAUAACUUGCCAGGUCCUCUUUAAAACAGCCGAAUUACAGCGUGAGCAUUAUAAAUUAGAUUGGCACCGGUAUAACUUGAAAAGAAAGGUUGCGUCCAUACCUCCGGUCACGUUAGAAGAGUUUGAGCAAAGGGCAAAAGAACACAGGGAGCAGAGUCAAAAUGCCGAACGCGACGAAUCCGAGUACUGCAGAUAUUGCUCAAAGUUAUUCAAUACCAAAAACGCGUAUAACAAUCAUUUGAAUAGUAAGAAGCAUAAGUUGGCUGAAGAGAAGAAUUUGGGCAGUGACAGGCAGUCUUUUAGCAAGAAAGAAAAUAUCAACCAGUCUGACAGUGAUAGCUUUGAAAAAGUUGAGCCUGCCAACAGUUCUGCACAACCUGGAAAAUUUGUUGUAGUGAAUGCUGAAAAAUUGGCAGAUGAGGAUGUUGAGACAGACUCUGAAAUUGAGGAGCUUGACUCUGAUGAGUGGGAUGAGUUAAGAGUCAAGGGCAGUGACUCACUCAUAAAACCCAAGGACUGCCUGUUCUGCACCCAUCACAGCAAGAAUAUGGUGAAGAAUUUGAAACACAUGUCUGCCGCUCAUUCCUUCUUCAUACCUGAUGUAGAAUACUGUGUGGACGUCAAGGGUCUUUUGCUAUAUCUUGGUGAAAAGAUUUCACAAGGAUACAUGUGUCUAUGGUGCAAUGAAGCAGGGCGCACUUUCUACUCCAUGGAAGCUGCUAGAGCCCAUAUGGUUGAUACGGGGCACUGCAAGAUGUUACAUGAAGGCAUUGCUCUGGCAGAAUAUGCUGACUAUUAUGAUUACAGUGCAUCAUACCCUGAUGCCAAUGAGGGUGACGAUGAGAUGGAUGUUGAUGAAGAAAUGGAAGGACCAGCUGCUCUGGAGGGGGAUGAUUUCCAGUUGGUGCUGCCAUCUGGUGUGACUGUUGGACAUCGCUCCCUUAUGAGAUACUACAAACAGAACUUGACUCAAAGCAGUCAGGCGUUGGUAAAGAAAUCUGAUCGGAAGCUACAUCGCUUGCUAGGAGUGUACAGAGCUUUGGGUUGGGCGCCUAAGGAGCAAGCAUUAGCGGUUAGGAAAGCGCGAGACAUCCACUUCAUGAAACGCGUGCAAGCCAAGUGGCAGAUGAAGAUGUCGAUGAAAAACAACAAGUUCCAGAAACAUUACCGACCUCAAGUCAACUUCUAAGUUAUUCUUACCAUUUAUGGGUGCUAUUUGUCGGAUGUGUUUGUUGACUGUCGUACAAGCUGGCACCAAAUUAUUGGAUAACUUAUAUUUAGUGCCACAAAUUUGUCUUACCAGGUUUUUUUUUAUACAACUUAUCCCUUGACUGCAAUCUCACCUGAUGGUAAGUGAUGAUGAAGUCUAAGAUGGAAGCGGGCUAACUUGUUAGGAGGAGGAUGAAAAUCCACACCCCUUUCGGUUUUUACACGGUGUCAUACCGGAACGCUAAAUCGCUUGGUGGUACGUCUUUGCCGGUAGGGUGAUAACUAGCCACGGCCGAAGCCUCCCACCAGCCAAAUAUAUAGUAUGGUUGUCAAAUGUUGUCGCUCUUUUAGUUAAAUAAUAUUUUGCAAAAUGGCGACCCCCGUUCGUUUGUUCGAACGUUAGUUCCACUUUUGACCACUGGGUCAGAAAAGUUUGUGGCACUUUAUAGUUAUUAUUAUCUCUAUCUUUAACAACCCAUAUUCGGCUCACUGUUUAGCGCGAGUCUCCUCUCAGAAUGAGAGGGGUUAGGCCUUAGUCCUUAGGUAAAAUAAUUAACAUUUAUUUUACAUGUCACCUUAAUUAUUUCAAACAUUGUGCUUGUGUAUUGUCUAUGAAUGCAAGAUGUCGUAUUUAGUCACGAGAGGAAAUGUAUUUCAUUUAUUGCUUUACAAAUUGCUGGCACAAUCACUUAACUUAUUAAAAAAUAGAUACUACACAUCCUUAUGUAAUGGUGUACAUUGGGUACAAAAUAUUAACUUACUCUAAAAAAAAGAAACAAACAAACAUACAAAAAGAUAGAGGAAAACAAGUGAAUUUAGCAAUUGAUACGUUUAAGCUUAGUCUUAAUACCUGCUAAUUGAGUCACUGAAGAUAUCUAUACAAUUUUUGACAUCGUUAGCACACUCAGACUAAUUAGAUAAAGACCUGCCUCGCAAGACAUUUUUUUUCUGUCAAAGUAUAUGAUCAACGAUCUUAUGCAAUUAUAAACACUGUCUCUAUAUUAUCAAUGUUUCAUAGUUUACAAUCUUGUCCGUCGGUUAAAAACCUCCGUAAAAAAUGAACAAAAACUGCUAGUUUAGUAUAAGAUAUGUAUGAAAUCCAAGCUCGUUUUCCUUAGAAAAUGGCAGAAAAUUUUGUUCGUGAAUUUGGGUGCGAUACUAGUCCUUAUGUAUUUAGUCUGAGUUAGCACAAGAUUGCAUACAAUGCAUGGGACUAUGCUGACUGAGGUUAGUGUUAGCAAACGUUCUACGUGUUCAUUUACACGAAUGGCAGCUGCUACCGAUGACUGCAGUCAGCGACGUCUCGGCGGCAGCCACUGGGAGUCGACUGCUGUUGGCGACCGCCGCCGAGAGUCGACUGCAGUCGGCGACGCCGUCGUCUGCCGCUGAGACGUCGCCGACUGCAGUCGACUGCCGGUGGCUGCCGCCGAGAUGUCGCGCGUCGCCAACUGUAGUCGACUGCGGUCAUCGGUAGAGUUGCCGCUCGUGUAAAUGAACCUUACGGUUAUGCUGGCGGCUUCCUCGGCGAGGUACUGUGAACUUUAAGCUGAUUGAAUUAAUUCUGUAUUGAAUGAUGUCAGGUACCUAAUAAUUUACAUAUAUUUGUAAAUGCCGGCACGAAUCAGUAGUGCUGAAAUGCGUAGGGGAUAUUUGAGGUAAACACGCAAUAUGAUAUGUGGGUGACGAUGAGAAAGUCUGCGCGGGUGUGAAAUCGUGCGUGCGGGGGAGUGAGGUGCAUCAGUCGUGGAUUUUUCAUUCAUCGCUACACGCCCCCCUGAUAUAACGGUCAGCACUAAAGAUUCGUGCCAGCACUUGUACUUUAUAAUAGUCUCUUUAGCAACGAACUGCAUUCCGAUAUGUGCUCACCUACUGUCGUAAAAGUAUCUUUGUUAUUUUAUUAUUAAAAAAAGUAUGUAAAUAAAAAAUGUUAGACAAUU